CGCUCCCUAUCUCACUCACGAUUUCAGUUUUUUUUGUGUGUGUGUGCAAAUCUGAUCCAGUCUGAUUCCCCUCACGUCAAACCACAUGAUCCCAUAAAACAUUCAUAAGCUCUCAAUCCGUGAUCCAGCCCCAUAAAACAUUCAUCUGUGCUUUCCCACUCACGAGCCCCCGCCUUCUCCUCCCUUGCAAUCCUGAGCAAAGGCUUAUUCUGAGUAACACCAUCGUCAAUGUCCCGCAACAAGCGCAGGAUACACAUGCUGUGGGAUAUCUCUACUUCAGAGACACACCGAGGCGAUUGGAUCGGGCUUGUUUAACUCAGUGGAUUGCUACCCUGUUGUUGCCACUCGUUCGAGGUUUCGUUACUCCCAGGAUUGUUUUUUUUUUUUUUUUUUUGGUGGGGGCUCUAUUCAUUUUCAAAAAGGGAUACUCUGGAUGUUUCUUGCAGCCUUUUGCAGUGCCUGCCUCCCCAAAUGACUGAGCGCGCUUUAAUGGGGAGACUUGGUUCUCCAAUCCGGAUCUUUAAUAAAACCUCUGGCUAAAGUUUUCAUGGACCGAUUGCCAGUGAUUUUCUUGGAUUUGUGAUUAUUGUUUGUUGUAUUUAUCUUUGAAUUCCUGCUUUGUUUACGCGGCACCGAUCAAGUCUCCUGCUCGCGUUAACAGGGUGCCUGUCUUCGGUGGGAUUGCGUUGCAUUAAAAACAUGAAGAUCGCGGUUGUUGACGGGAGCAGACUCCUUUUCUUGGCGCUGUGGCUAAAUUCCAUAACCCAAGUCAAGUCCUGCCCAGGGGUCUGUGUGUGUUACAGUGAACCCAAGACCUCAGUGGCAUGUCAGCAGCAAGGACUGGUCUCCAUCCCUACGGAUAUCCCCAUUCGAAGCCAGCGGAUUUUCCUCCAGAGCAACAAGCUGACGGUGGUGAAGUCAACCAGCUUCAGCUCCUGCCACAACCUGACAGUGCUCUGGCUUUAUUCCAACAACAUCACUCACAUUGAGGCGGGGGCCUUUUAUGGACUGGAGAGGCUUGAGGAGCUGGACAUUGGAGACAACGGCAACCUGAGGACCAUCAGCCCCACAGCCUUCCGAGGACUGUCCAGGCUGCACACAUUGCACCUGCACAGGUGCGGGCUGUCCGAGUUGUCGGUGGGGGUUUUCCGAGGAUUGUUUUCUUUGCAAUACCUUUUCCUGCAGGACAACAAUUUGCUAGCCCUGCACGAUGACAUAUUCCUUGACUUGGCUAACCUGACCUACCUUUUCCUGCACAGCAACAAAAUCCAGACCCUGUCUGAAAACACCUUACGCGGCCUGAUCAGCUUGGAUCGGCUGCUUUUGCAUGAGAACCGGGUGGCCUUUGUGCACCGUAGGGCUUUCCAUGACCUGGGAAAGCUGACCACAUUGUACCUGUUCAAAAACAACCUGACGGUGCUGUCAGGAGAGAUCAUGAACCCGCUGGUAUCCCUGCAGUACCUCCGUCUCAAUGAUAACCAGUGGAUCUGUGACUGCAGAGCCAGGUCGCUAUGGGAAUGGUUCAAACGCUUUAAGGGAUCCAGUUCUGAGCUGGAGUGCCAUGUUCCUGCAAGUCUGGCUGGAAAGGACCUCAAAAAGCUAAGGAGCAGUGACUUGGAGGGAUGUCUAGAUACCUCCCACCAGAUCAGAACUAGCAUCUUCAGCACCAAGACCCGAUCAGGGAAGCUGCCCAGCACUGACACUCCACAAAGGGAAGGGUCUCCCGGGUGCUGCGAGUCUGAGAGCGAUAAGUCCUCCAUCUACAACAAAGGCAUUCCUGACCCUUCCUCUUACAACAGCCGGCAAAUAACCAACAAUCCACUCAAGGAGAAAGAGAACAUCGCCAAGACCAAAUUCCUGGAAUCAGAUCCAACCAAGAAUGUGACUCACAAAAAACAGAGGCUGAAUGACGCCCCAGUCGGGACCUUUUCCAGUACUCCGGAUCAUUCCCUGGGCAAGUUAAAGCCAGAGUUCAUAGACAACUUGGAGCCUUCGACGGCCCCCUCAAAGAAGAAGUGCUCCAAAAAGGCCAAGUUGGAUUCCCAGUGUCCUAAAGGAAAAGGAUGCCAAGCCCUGGGACUGAACCUACUGGUCUUGCCCAUGCUGUGGCUCUCCUUAGCCAUCUGUUAGGAUAGGACAGGCUGAACUCAUCCUUUGAUGCUGAUGACAGUUUCAUAGAAAGUGCAGUGACCUCCACAAACUGUAGGUCCAAGAACAAGAAGCUGUGUUAAAUCAUGAAGACAAAAAAUCAAUUAAAUGGAUGCCUUUAUAGAAUACAUCAAAUCUAAUGUAUAUAUUAACUGGUGCCCAAAUAGUUUCUGUUCUAUGUGCUGUGUCUGGACCGCACUCUGCAGCCCCCCCUCCCCCACCCCCCAAGGCUUUUGCUGUAAAGCAAUCAACAUUUCACAUAAUAGACGAUGAAUAUCAAAAUGAACAGGGAAGAGAAAAAUAAAAGGAACUCUCAUAGAUGCUUCUAAAACCGAGAAUGUUAUGACGUUUUCUAAUAACUACUUGAACCUGAAGAUGUGGCAGAUUUUUUUUAUUUGCAAAAAAAAAAAAAAAAAGUAAUGCUGUUUUGGUUCUUAUGUUUAUAAAUAUAAAUGAAAUAAAAAAAGUGGAUUCUCCUUUAUUUUCUUUAUAUUAUUAUUUUUAUUAUUAUUAUUAUUAUUAUUAUUAUUAUUAUUAUUAUUAUUAUUAUUAUUUAUUUUUUUGUCACACCAUGGUUACAGGUAGCAUUUGCUAAAGAAUGCUGUCUCUUUGUUCACUAAGAUUGCAGUAUAUAUAGAUAUGCAUUUUAUUUUACUUGUG